AUGAAAGUGAAAGGUGUCACUCAAUAUCAAUUUAUGCCACUUCAUGCAGAAGGCCCGCAGUUCUGUGCUUCGAAUGUUAUCAUUCUCACACGUAUCACAACGCAGUUACCCAGUGAUAAAUUACCUACGACGGUACGUGACCGAUAUCAACACUUAGUAUUGGCCGAUCCGGAGUUUGAUGUACCUGGGCCGAUCGAUAUGCUAAUAGGAAGCGACUUGUACCCACAUAUGCUACAAUCUAAGGCGUAUAUUAUUCACAGUACGGGUCUGCCAUCCGCCAUGAGCACUCAUCUCGGAUGGAUUGUGGUUGGAGCAUUGGAUGAAUCUCCAACAUCACCUAUGGUUUCGCUUUCGAUAGGAUCGACGCCAGAAAUAGAAGGAUUGCUACAAAAAUUUUGGACUAUAGAAGAACCAGAUAUUCCGAAUAUCCUGACUACAGAGGACGAACAAUGUGAGGUGUGGUUCCAAAAGUCAACAACCAGAGAUGUCUCAGGGCGGUUUGUGGUGUCACUGCCGUUUCGGUCGAGUGUACGUGCUCUAUCAGAACCAUUAACAAGUCAGAACCCGGAUGAUUUAGGUUCAUCGCGCUCUCUGGCGUUGAAUCGUCUCUACAACCUUGAACGUCGACUAGCAAGAGAUUCAGAGAUAUACACCGCCCAUCGUAAGUUUACGGAUGACUAUAUAAAUUUGGGUCAUAUGAAACCGGCAUCGGUGCCGGGAAAAUAUUUUAUACCACAUCAUGCGGUGGUUAAACACGAAGAAAAGGGACUUAAGAUUCGUGUUGUCUUCGACGCUUCAGCGAAGUCCACAUCGGGAAGAUAA